UGCAAAAGUUAUAAGCGAGCCUUGAACAAAAUGACUCUUGUGAACCCAACGUUACUCAAUUCCUCUUUUACUCCACAUCUCACUUUUACCAAACCUCUGAAACCAGUAGCUCCUAUUCUUCUCCAACGUAGGAUAAUCUUCCCUCGCUACAACGCAACCACCACAAACGUUAACGUUUCUGAAAGAAAAUCAGCAAACUACCAACCCAACCUCUGGACUUACGACUUUCUGCAGUCCUUGAAGCAUGCCUACGCUGAUAUAAGAUACGAGGACAGGGCCAAGAUGUUGCAGGAGGAAGUAAGGAGAAUGAUAAAGGAUGAAAGUUCAGACAUAUGGCUCAAACUUGAACUCAUUAACGAUGUGAAACGCUUGGGUCUGAGUUACCAUUAUGACAAGGAGAUAGGUGAAGCCCUUCUUCGGUGUCACUCUUCUGCAGGAUUCAGUAGCACAUUCGUUAACACAAGUUUGCAUGAAACUGCUUUGUGCUUUAGGCUUCUCAGAGAAUAUGGCCAUGAUGUCUCAACAGAUAUAUUUGAGAGGUUUAAGGAGGAGAAUGGUAAUUUCAAGGCAAGCCUUGUGAGCGAUGUGAAGGGAAUGCUGAGUCUGUACGAGGCAUCGUUUCUUGGAUACGAAGGAGAGAAGAUUUUGGAUGAGGCCAUGGUCUUCUCUAGCUUCCAUCUUAGGGUUGCCCUCAACGAAGGUAAAGGCAGUAACAUGCUUUUGGAACAAGUGAAUCAUGCAUUGGAGCUUCCACUCCAUCACAGAAUUCAAAGGCUGGAAGCAAGGUGGUCCAUUGAAUCUUAUGCUAAAAGAACAGACUCAAAUCGAUUUCUGCUUGAAGCAGCAAAACUUGAUUUCAAUAUUGUGCAGUCAACACUGCAAAAUGAUCUCCAAGAAAUGUCAAGGUGGUGGAGGGAAAUGGGACUGGCCUCAAAGUUAAGCUUCAGCCGAGACAGACUUAUGGAAUGUUUCUUUUGGACUGUUGGAAUGGUCUUCGAGACUCAGUUCAGUGAUCUCCGUAAAGGCUUAACAAAAGUUACUUCCUUAAUAACUACAAUCGAUGACGUUUAUGAUGUCUAUGGCACCUUAGACGAAUUAGAACUUUUCACUGCAGCUGUGGAAAGUUGGGAUGUUAAAGCAGUUCAAGUUCUCCCUGAUUACAUGAAGAUAUGUUUUCUUGCACUGUACAACACUGUCAACGAAUUUGCCUAUGAUGCCCUUAAGGAACAUGGACAAGAUAUUUUACCCUACCUCACCAAAGCAUGGUCUGAUAUGUUGAAAGCAUUCCUACAAGAAGCCAAAUGGAGUCGCGACAGACACUUGCCAAGAUUCGAGGAUUACAUCAACAAUGCAUGGGUCUCAGUCUCCGGGGUGGUUAUACUCACCCAUGCUUAUUUCUUACUAAACCAAAGCAUUACAAAAGAGGCACUUCAAUCCUUGCACAAUUACCACUCCCUGUUACAGAAACCAUCCCUUAUUUUUCGACUUUGCAAUGAUCUGGGCACAUCAAAGGCAGAGUUAGAGAGAGGUGAAGCAGCAAGCUCCAUUGUAUGUUUCAUGCGAGAAAGUGGUGCUAGUGAAGAGGGUGCUUACAAGCACAUCCAUAGUUUGCUUAACGAAACGUGGAAGAAGAUGAACAAAGAUAGAGUGUCACAGUCUCCUUUCCCUAAAGCUUUCGUAGAAACAGCCAUGAACCUUGGAAGAAUUUCUCAGUGCACAUAUCAGUAUGGAGAUGGACAUGGAGCCCCAGAUAGCACUGCCAAGAAUCGCAUACGAUCUUUGAUAAUUGAACCCAUUGCACUUUACGAGACGGAGGCAUUAGAACAAGUUGUUUAUUAAUAUUAAUGGUAAUCUUGCAAAAGAAAAAUAAAUUAGUUUGUAUAUAAAGGGUUUGUUAUCUUUGUAUCAUCUCCUUAUUUUCAAGUUAAAUUGUU